AUGGCAAAGCUUGCUUCAAUUGUUUUGAUUUUCAGUUUUAUAAUGGCACUUGUUUUGCUAUCUUCAUGCCCAGCAAUGUCUCAGGAAGUUGAGGAUGAGAGAGAGUUUAAUUAUGAUGAAGAGAGUGAUAAAGGACCACAAAAUUGGGGAAACAUUAAACCAGAAUGGUUCAUGUGUAAAAAUGGAACAAAGCAAUCACCAAUUGAUUUAUUGAAUCAAAGGGUUCAAAUUGUAUCCAAUUUAGGAACACUUCAAAUCAACUACAAGCCCUCUUAUGCAACUCUUAAAAAUAGAGGUCAUGAUAUUAUGCUCGAAUUAAACUCGAACUCAAGCUAUCUGCAAAUUAACGAAACUCAAUAUAUCCUUAAACAAUUCCAUUGGCAUUCUCCUUCCGAACACACCAUUAACGGCAAAAGGUUUGAUUUAGAGUUACAUUUGGUACACCAAACUCCAUCAGGAAAAAUAGCAGUGAUUGGAUUAUUGUACAAAAUUGGAAUACCAGAUCUUUUCUUAGCGUUGUUGAAAAAGGACUUGGAGGCAAUUUCUGAAAGUAGUGGGGCAGAAAGGGAAAUAGGUAUAGUUGUUCCUAAUCUGAUUACAUUUGACAGAAGGCAGUAUUAUAGAUACAUUGGUUCGUUGACUACUCCACCGUGCUCUCAAAAUGUUACUUGGACAAUUAUUACAGAGGUGAAGUCUGUUUCGAAGGAGCAAAUUGAAUUGCUUCGAGUUGCUGUUCAUGAUGAAUCAAAUUCUAAUGCAAGACCAUUGCAACCAAUAAAUGGUCGAUUAGUGCAGCUGAAUAAAUUUGGACCAAGAGUAUGA